UCAUGAAGACUGCUACCAUUCUCUCCGUUGCCCUCUUCGCUGCCUCGGGUCUGGCCGACACGUCCAUUUCUUCAUGUGCUGUAUGUCGGUCAACAUGAUCCUGCGGAUCCGUCAAUUGGAGGCUCAAUGCUGAUAUACUGCUGUAGGAGAUGUGCCUGAACAACAUGAAGGCCCUUGCUCCUUCUCUGGGUUGCAGCGCGAAUGACAGCAACUGCCUGUGCAAUAACCAGGACUUCAAGUACGGUGUUCGCGACUGCACCCAGCAGGCUUGCCCUGGUGACGAUGUCCAGGCUGCUGUCGCCUUUGCUACUCAGCACUGUGCCAGUGUUGUGAGCUCUGGCUCUGGAAGCUCUAGCGCUUCCUCCAGCGCCUCCUCCAGCGCUUCCUCCGGUGAAGCUUCUGCUUCUGCUUCUGCUACCGGUGCUGGUGCUGCUGGUACCGGUGCCUCCUCUGAGAGCGCUUCUGCUACUGGUGCUGCUACCACUGGAUCUGCUGCCGCUUCUGGCGCUGCCGGAGCUGGUGGUUCUUCCAGCGCUAUCACCACUGAGCCCGUCCUCUCUACUGUGACCAGCGGCAAGUCUUCUGAGACGACUACCAUCGGUAGCACCACCCUUUACACUGUUGUUGGCGGUCCUAACGGUGGCGCUGGUGCCUCCGGCUCUGGUGCUUCUAAUGCCUCCGGUGCUGCCAAGACUGGUGCCUCCAGUGCCUCUGGUGCUGCCUCUACCGGUAUCUCUGCUGCUUCCAGCGCUGCCAAGUCUGGUGCUUCUGGUGCUUCCAGCGCUGCCAAGUCUGGUGCUUCUGGUGCUGCAGGUGCUGCUAAGACUGGUGCUUCUGGUGCUUCUGGUGUCGCUUCGACCGCUGCUUCUGGUGCUUCCGGUGCCGCUUCGACCGCUGCUGGUGGCGCUGGUUCAUCUUCCACCUCCCAGGGCGCUGCUCCCAUGGCCACUCUCGGUAGUGGUAUGGCCGGUGCUGUCGGUCUUGCCGCUCUUUUCGUCCUGUAAAGCAAAUGCGAAUCGGUGGCCAUUUGAGAUUGUCCUCGGCUCAUUACCGGUCCGAAGGCUUGCGUCGCUCGCAAUGUGUCGACAAUCAUACGCUAAUAUUCUAUAAUA